ACAUAAACCAGAUGAAAAAUCACAAAAAUUAAAACACUAUUUCUAUCUCUUUAUCGCGACGUCUUAAGGCGACUAGCAAAGAAUACCAAGUACACUCCGUUGCAUAAUUGCUAAUCGCCAAUUACACAUUAACUAGCUUGAUGUGAUGGCCUUUGAAACAACAGGACUCGUAAUGACGAUAGUAGUGAUGGAAUAAUAGGAAAAAAACUGUGUAUAGUGGAUUUUGUUGAGCUUUUAUUAGUAAUUUGUUUUGUUUAGAUAGAGUACAAGCUUUUCAGAGAAUAGAAGACACUAGAAGUGUGCCUUAAAUGGCCGGCCGCAUAAUCAAACCGAACGGAAAACAGUAGUCCGAUAAAAACCGGCACGCCACAUCUUGCUCACGAAGAAAGUGCACUCGAAGCAAAAUCUGCACUCGGUGAAAUUGCAACUGCAACACUAACUUACCUAUUAGAUCGUGCGAGAGCAUAACAGAACAAAUAUACUUAGUUAAUUUUAAGUGCCAUAACCGUAGCAUAGAUGAAAUCCAGUUCGAGAUACAGCAAAUUCAAAAAACGUGACAAGCCAUGGAUUUAAAAACGUCGUUAGCGUUGGUGCUGAUGGGGUUGUUCAUGGAAGGCCUGCAUGCGAUGAAAAACAACGUGUGCCCGACUAUAAGAGACUAUUUUCACAUGGAAAACAAUAGCAACUGUUGGUACGACUUUGCGGCUGAUUCAACCGUGCCAGAAAUAAUCCAACGGACUGGAUACCCUCUCAUACAAUACAAAGUGCAGACUGCAGAUGGAUUCCAGUUGUCCGUUUUCAGGAUACCAGACUUUUCACAAACUAAACCACCAAUUUUUAUGUUGCAUGGCGUCCAGAGCACUUCCGGAAUUUUUGUUGGCUUAGGAAAGAGGUCCAUAGCAUUCCAGUUGCACGAUGCCGGGUAUGACGUUUGGUUAGGUAAUUAUAGAGGAACAGAAUAUUCUGAAGGACAUGCAUCACUAAACGUCACAGAAAAAGAUUUCUGGGAUCACAGUGUGGAUGAUAUAGCCCUCUACGAUGUACCGGCUAUGUUGCAGACGGUACGACAUUACUCAGGAUCACCUCAUAAAAUAAUCUAUAUUGGCCAUUCCUUGGCAUCAACAGCCGCCAUGAUGUUCGCAUCAGAAAGACCUAGAGUGGCCAAGAGCAUGGUGUCAUUGUUUAUUCUGGUGGGCCCAGCUUACAAAAUGACCCACAUGACCAGUCCUUACAGGUUGCUGUUUCCAUUGCUAUACCCAGCAUUGGACCUGUCAAAAUCUCUUAAUCUAGUUCAACUGUUUUCUAGAGGAUAUUCCCGAAGAUUAACUAGGCCCACGUGUCUGGCGUCGCCAGUGUUGAUGUUGGGUUGUUCGGCUUUGUUGAAUAUGUUUACUGGGCCAUUUACAGAUAUAGCUCCAGAAACAAUUCCAGUUUAUUUUAACCAAUUUCCUGGCGGGACGUCACUGAAAACAAUGACAUUUUUGAGGGAGUCCACUAGAGGGAACUUCCGAAAAUACGAUUAUGGACCUGGCAAAAACAAUCAUGUUUAUGGUUCCACCGCGCCUCCGGAGUACGACAUUAAAAAAAUUGAGGUGCCCACAUUCAUAAUCUAUGCUAGAAAUGACUGGACCACUACCAAACAGGAUGCAUUUUAUUUAUACAAACAACUACCUGAGUCGAUCAGAGCAGGAAUAUACGGGGUGGAGAAAAUGAACUUCAACCACAACGAUUAUUUUUUUGGAAAAAAUGCCGACAAGUUGGUGACGAAGCCCAUACUAAAGAUAAUAGAAAACUUUCUAAAGAGAAGCCAAAAACAAUACUCUCAGAACACUAUUAGUUUAUAAAAAAGUAUGUUUAGAAAAAAAUCCAAAGUGUUCAAAUUGCUGUAUUAUAUUAGCUUUAAGGAAUAUUAAUAUGUAACUUAUAUAUUUUAUUAUUCUAGUAUGCUAAAUAUACAAGGUGGUCCGAAUUGGAUUUGGAAAAUUUCGACAGCAUACAGCAUGUUCUGAAGAUAAAAAAUAAGUAAAAAAGUUCUUAUAAAUGUAUGACCUAUAAUGCUUAGGAGAUACAGGACGUAGAACUUUCAUUUUUAUUUCGAUUUUUUCCAAAUAAUUUCUGAGCUACCUUCUAUAUUUGGAUGAAAAUUGGUAUCUGGCAGUUUUUUGAUAUGAGAAACUUAAUUUUGAUGCCAUUAUGACUCCUGCUUGUAGAAGGCGCCACCUACAUAUUUUUGACUGCUUUAAUGAACGAUAACUUUUCGUCCGUGCCUGUACAAAACUCCUGACCAAAAAUAUAUAUAUUUCCACCAUUUUUUACGUU